UUCAGCAUGUCUACAUGACUAAAUGCAUUGAGCUGCUGCCACGUGAUGCGUUAAGGAGCAGUUGAACAGGUGUACCUAAUAAAAUGGCUGUUGAGUGACCAAGCGUCAAUAUUUGACGCGUUGGGAGUGAGAAUGUGUCAGAACUGUAACAUUUCCCUCUGAGGUGUUGAGGAGUAGAAAUAUCAAGUGGCAGAAAAUGUAAAUACUCAUUUAAAGUAUAAGUAUCUCAUAUUUGUAGGUUAUUAAAUUCAGUAUUAAAGUAAAUAUAUUCAGACACUCUUCAGUCUGUUGGUUAUAAAAGGUGUUUCUCGGUGUCUUCUAAUGUCUCGUGCUGUUUCCCAGUGAGUGCAUGCUGUAAUGCUGGAGAGGAUGAAGAUGAUGAUGAUGAGGAGGAGGGGGAGGACCCGUGUGUGUCUCCAUGCAGCCUCCGGAGCGCAGGGCGGGGCGACGCCGCGCAGCAGCAGCAGCAGCAGCAGCAGCUUCAUCACCGCUGACCGACACCGACCUCCUGCUCGUCUCCAGGCCGCGGCGUGGACGCCGGAGCCCGGCCUGAUUCCUCUCAACCACCGCAGGUCCGGGUUCGAGCUGCGAAACGCACUACAGGUGAUGAUAAUAACGACAGUGACGAAGAGGCUGAUGAAGGUGAUGGCGUGCAGUUAGGAGCUGCGGAGCGGCAACGAAGCGCAAACUGAAUCCGUGCGCGGAGCGGGAGCACCGCGCUCCGAUGCAGCAGAAAAAUCGCCAUUGUUUGGAUGCGCAGCAGACUGAGAGGACAAACCCGGAGCACAGAGACGCUGUUUGACACGGAGACACCAUGCUGCUUUCCCCGCUGCUUCUGACGCUGGGGCUGCUCUGCUUUACCCCGAGCGUGUUGGCGUUCCAGUUGUCGGUAAACGAUGACGGACUGAUUGUGGUGGCGCUCGAGAGUUCGGACCUGCAGGAGAACGCCACAGCGUACGCCGCUCAGAUCUCCGGAGAGCCUCGACCGAUCCUGGUUCAGUUUGUGAACACCAGUGAGCCUCUGCUGUUCAACACGUCAUAUCAUGGUCUCUGCUACACUGUGGGGCUACUGGUUAAACUGGGACAGAGCUGGUCCAGACCUGUCAAGACUGUGUCUGUGCUCACACAGCCACUUCCUGUCCGCAGUGUCCACAUAUCGGACUAUAAGGAGUCUCCAGAGACAGGCGUGGUGUUUGAAAUCGAGCCUCCGGCCGGAAACAUCUUCAGCAGAGUCAACAUCAGCUACACAGAGGGACAGGAGCGACGGUCGAUGCUCUAUAAAGAUUUCUACAAAGGGAAGACGGUGUUCAAACACUGGUUACCAGGCAUGUGUUACCGUAACAUCACCUUCCAGCUGAUCUCCGAGGCCACAGUGUACCAGACUGCUCUGGUGACACAGAGUGACAUUACACACACACCUGUGCACCACAGGACAGUGCCCUACCCGCCCCUCAACAUUUCCCAUAAGAUCGUCCACCUGAGCCAGAGGGAGCUGCCAGGUGGAGCCCCUGACACGCUCCCUCCUGAGGGGAGCGAGGAGAGCCGGCGAGCCUCCCGUCGAGCCAGGGACGUCCUUCUGAUGGAGGAGCAGGAGGAGGAAGAGGAGGAGGUGCACACUGAGGAGGAGAACACUGAGGAGGAGGAGGUGGUGGGAGCUGUCACUCGGGCUCCCUUCAGCCCAACACACAACACGACAGGCACCAACGCUGUGAACCAGACGACAGAGACUCAGAGCUACUGGCUGGACCCGACUGAUGCAGCUCCUUCAGAUCGGGAGGAGGAGUUCGUUAACGCUGUGGUGUCAGAGUAUGAAGACUCCAAUGAGCCCGGCUCAGCUAUGGGUCUCCCCGCUGAGGCCGCCAUCCUGCCCACCAAACUGCCCCCCAUCCUGCUGGAGCUGCGCUGGCUGCCGCCCAGACCCCCGACCAGCUACGAUGGCUUCAACAUCUACAUCUACAGAGACGGUAACUCCACGGAAACGGCCACCGUGGAUGAAAACACUCACGAGUUCUUCACCGAGUUAACGGAGCCAGGAACGUACCGAGUCCAGGUCACCACUCUCAGCUCGUCUGGAGACUGUGAGGCCAGAGAGAGCGCCGCCGACACCGGCUUCACCUUCUACCUCAGUCCUGGUGGUGAGCUGCUGGAGGAGCUCCGCGAGCGUCCUCAGGCCGUCAGUGUCAGACUGCUGGACUCCAGCACCGCCGCCGUCUCCUGGGCUCCGUCCUCUGAGAACCACAACGGCAGCCUGGUGUCAGUGGUUUCCACCACCUGCCUCAGACCGAGUCUCAGCCAGAGGAUGGAGAACACGUACUGCAGCGAGGAAAACACCACGAGUGACAUCAUCACUAACCUGACGCCUGGGGCUCAGUACAGAGUGGUGGUCUAUCACACCAACGGACCCCUGAUGAGUCCUCCGUCUGAACCCGUCAUCAUCGAUAUAGAGCCCACAGGUGUGCUGGAGCUGGCUGUUUACCCUCUGAGUCCGACGGCAGUGAUCCUAAGCUGGCAGCGUCCGUACCACGUCGCCUUCAGGAAGUACGUCCUGCAGACCUUCUUCUUCAACCCCGUCACGCUGGCAUCAGAGUGGACCACCUACUACGAGAUCGCCGCCACCGCCUCCGUCAUCGCCUCCGUGAGAGUGACGGAUCUGCUGCCGGCCUGGUAUUAUAAUUUCCGUGUUUCCAUGGUGACGUGGGGCGACCCGCCGCUCAGCUGCUGCGACAGCUCAACUGUCAGCUUCGUAACAGCUCCGGAGGCUCCUCACAUCUCCUCGGUGGAUUACUCUCAUGGCGUCCUGUAUGUUCGCUGGACGUACGGCGAGCUCUUCAUCGACCUCUCACAUUCCAGGAUGCUUCACUGGCAGGUGGUCGCCGUUGGCAAGAAAGGACCAGAGAGGAGCUACUCCAUCGACGUGACUCGUAAUGUGAUGCGUGCCAGCCUCCCUCUGCCUCCAGGGGACAUCUACAACCUGACAGUGACGGCCUGCACUGAACGCAGCAGGAACACCUCCAUGCCAAACAUCAUCAAACUAGAGCCGGCUGCUCCCAGGGCACUGUACGCUGUGAACGCCACCCACUCAGCUGUGACUCUGCUGUGGACCGAGGAAGGAGUGGUCGACUACUACCAGGUCCUCUGUAAACCCAACAAAGCCAGCAAGGAGCUCAAGGCCCGCGAGCCUCAGACAGCCAACUCUCACGUGGUGACCGUGUCCGGUUUGAUGCCCUCAUCCACCUACAACUGCACCGUCACCAGUUUCAGCUACAGCACGCCCAGCAAGCCCGCACAUAUCACCAUUAGCACCGCGGCUAAAGAGAUGAACCCGAGCGUAGCAGCGAUCUCGGCUCUGGCCGUCCUCAGCAUCCUCCUCAUCAGCCUGCUGGUUCUGUUCCUGCUGGUUCUUCGUAAGAAACACCUGCAGAUGACCAGAGAGUGUGGCGCAGAGACUUUCGUCAACUUUGCCUCAUUUGAAAGAGACGGAAAGCUUCCCUAUAACUGGCGAAGAAGCCUCUUUGCCUUCCUUACCCUACUGCCAUCCUGCCUUUGGACUGACUAUCUUUUGGCUUUUUAUAUUAAUCCUUGGAGCAAGACAGCUUUAAAGAAACGGAAGCUAACAAGUCCCGUGCAGCUGGAUGACUUUGACGCCUUCUUCAAAGAAAUGAGCAAAGACUCGGCCUACAAGUUCUCUCUGCAGUUUGAGGAGCUGAAGAGUGUCGGCCUGGAUCUUUCCCACGAUGCAGCGGACCUGCCUGUCAACAGGCCGAAGAACAGAUACACAAACAUCCUCCCCUACGACUUCAGUCGGGUGAAGCUGAUCUCGAUGCACAACGACGAAGGUUCAGACUACAUCAACGCCAACUACAUACCUGGCUACAAACAUAGUAAAGAGUACAUCGCCACUCAGGGUCCACUGCCUGAAACUCGCAACGAUUUCUGGAAGAUGGUUCUGCAGCAGAAAUCUCCGAUCAUCGUCAUGCUGACUCAGUGUAACGAGCGACGGAGGGUGAAGUGUGAUCACUACUGGCCGUUCACAGAUGAGCCUGUGAUGUACGGAGAGAUCAGUGUGGAGAUGCUCUCUGAAACCGAGUCUCCAGAGUGGACCAUCAGGAAGUUCAGACUGGGAUACGCUGAUGAGAGUCAGGACGUGCUCCACCUGAACUACACCUCAUGGCCGGAUCAUGGCGUCCCCACGGUCAACGCCAUCGAAAGCAUCCUGCAGUUCGUCCACAUUGUCCGUCAGCAGGCCAACAGGACCAAAGACCCCAUCAUCGUCCACUGCAGUGCUGGAGUCGGCCGGACGGGGACGUUCAUCGCUCUGGACCGUCUCAUGCAGCACAUCAGAGAACACGAGUUUGCAGAUAUCCUGGGGAUGGUGUCCGAGAUGCGAUCACACCGUCUGUCUAUGGUCCAGACUGAGGAGCAGUACGUGUUCAUCCAUCAGUGCGUCCUGUUGAUGUGGCAGAAGAAGAAGCAGCAGUCCAUCACAUCUGAUGUCAUCUACGAGAACGCUAGCAAGACAUAAUGAUGGAGGCUCCUCCAGACGCUGCGAACACACCCAGCCUCCUGUGCUUCAGGCAUCCAUUCUCUGCAGAAGAAGAUCCGCGUCAUCAUCAGUGUCAAAAAACAAAACAGCAGAACAUCUUGACAAAAAAAAUAGAAUCCAGUUUUUUGUUUGAAUUGAUGUUAAAGCAUGGGAUGGAGUUUUGCCUUAAGGAGCCUUCACUGACUGACCAACAUGUUGAACCACAACCCUGCCCUCUGAACUGGACUGACUCACGUCAACGUGGGGUGGGAGGAGUCGGAGGUUAACGCGCUCCGACCUGUGAUUGGAUGUCUACACUGUGUCCGUCCUCAUUGAGGCGACGUGUUGGUGUAACUGAGUCAGCAGUUUUUCAUUUUAUUUCUUUUUUAAUCUCAGGAGUAGCUGAAAAACCAGCAAGCACACUGGCCUCUUCCUCCACUUCGAAAGUAAUUUAUCAUCGGUUAGUAUUAGUUUUUUGCAUCAUUGAUAGUGUUCACCGUCCUGCAGAGUGCAGCUUUCCUGGCUUUUUGUAACGUCAGAGUUGAAGGCGGUAGAUUUCAACGUUACUCACUGCCAAACAAACCAAACAUGGGACUGUAACAUGUUGAUUGAUAAAAACAUCAACUGCUCUAACAUGCUAACCAACUGCCAGGACUGCUGCACAGAUUAUACUCACUGAGAGAACCCAGCAAGCAUUCGACGAAGAGUAAAGGUCUGGAAAAUGAGCACAACACUUUGUCAUGUUGAAGUAGAUUUUUAAUUGAGUUUUUUAAAUUAAACACUAAACAUGGAUCGUGCUUGGAGGAGCCUUCCAAACAUAAUGGUGUAUCUGUCCUGGUCAAAAUUGUCAAACAAUGGUAAAAAUUAUUUGUCGUCGUUGGACAUCUGUGAAAAAUUAGGAACAUUUUUGCUGCAGUUUGAACAAGCUGAACGUUCCAGACUUUAGAAAUGGUUUUAUCAGAAAAGUAUUUGGUACCGAUUUCUAGAAAUGCUACUCGAAUGCCUCCGAACUUUUUAUCCCGUCCGUUGGAUCGACCACUAAACGUCUGAAUGUUUGCUGGGUCUGCACAAGAACUAAAGGGCACAAACAGUUGAAGGGAACGAACGCCUUUCUGUGGAAACACGAGCGCCUCAUGCUGCCGUCCCGUCGCUGUCGGGCGUGUUGGAGGCCAGUUUAGAGACUGUGGUUGUAGAGCUGUAGUUUGUAUUUGCACUGAGGCCUCGGAGCUGCCUGACCUGCUGACAGAAGAAGGGAAGACUUUCUGUUGCUGCUUCCUGCUGUGGAGGACUAACUGCAGCCGUGCCGCUCGAUAUUCGUCCUGUCCUGUGGGCUCUUCUAACAGAGGAUCUCGAUCUGAAGACGUAGAAUUAACUUUAGACUACCGGAGAUGUUUUUAACCCUCUGAGGAUCACGAACUCAUCGGCUGCAACAAUCCUGUUUGGAAACAAACAAAUGGAUCAUAUCAGACUGAGACAGAAGACAGAAGAGAGACAUUACUCAGUCGAACUGCCAAAACUACAAAAAGUUUUAUCAAGACCUGAUGUUGAGUUUCCCUUUCUGUUGAUGAAUUUGGGAAAUGACAAACAUAUCUUUGGGUCGGCCCGAGCCUUUCUGAGCCUCCUGGCACAAUUUGAAUAUCUUUAAUCCAUCAGAUUACCAAUUUAAAAAAGUGCAACUGUUCUCUAGAACUCAUGACAAUAAAACUAAAUAUUGACCCAAAACAUAUCUGUCAUUCCAGAAAGCGCAAAUAUAAAACAUAUAAAAAAAUGUUACAUUCCCUGCUUUUUGUUGUCGUCUGUUGCCCCAAACUUUGGAAUAGUGCCCCAAAUACUAAACUUUGAUAUUACAUUAUUUUGAUUCUUCUAUUAAUCCUCAAAUGUUGGGUUCCUUAACAGUGUUUUUUGUUAUAUUAUUUGGCACAGAGCCCUGAAAAGUUUCAGGUUAUAAAACAUUCUAAACAUUUUUUUUUCUCAAUUCCAAAAUUUUGUAAAGAACCACAACUUUAUAACAUAUUGUAUUGUGCCCCCUAGAGUGGCCACAAAUACCCUAACGUGAGUGCUCACAGUAAAAUGGUAAGAGUCCCAAAAUUUAGCAAAAUGCAACAAAAAGUUUUAAGUGUCAGAUUGGGUUCUGCAAAAAUUUGUUUUAAUAUGAUUAAUUAUAUAUGACCAAAUAUUGUUUAUUGUCACAUUUGGUAUGGCAUUUACAAUUUAAAAAUUGGUAUAAUGUCCCAAAAUAUUGUGUAGCACCCCCAAAAUUUGUGACAGUUACAAAAUGUUUCACCUAAAGUUACUAAUGCCAGAUUUGGUAUUGCAAAAUUGUGUUUUAAUGGCAAAAUUAGAUAUGACCAAAUUUUGUUUACAACAGACACAUUUGGUAUUGCAUUUUCAAUUUGUUUUAAUUUUUUAAAAUUUGGUAUAAUGUCCCAAAAUAUUGUGUAGGGCUCCUAAAAUUUGUUAUGGUUACAGAAUGUUUCACCUAAAGUUACUAUUGCCAUAUUUGGUAUUGCAAAAUUAGAUAUGACCAAAUUUUGUUUACAACAGACACAUUUGGUAUUGCAUUUUCAAUUUGUUUUAAUUUUUUAAAAUUUGAUAUAAUGUCCCAAAAUAUUGUGUAGCGCUCCUAAAAUUUGUUAUGGUUACAGAAUGUUUCACCUAAAGUUACUAAUGCCAUAUUUGGUAUUGCAAAAUUAGAUAUGACCAAAUUUUGUUUACAACAGACACAUUUGGUAUUGCAUUUACGAUUUGUUUAAAUUUGCAUUGUGCCCCCUAAAUUUGAUAUGAUUAAAAAAAUUUAAUAUAAUGGCCACAAAUGCCCUAACGUGUGUGCUCGCAGUAAAACCGUAAGAGUCUCAAAAUUUGGCAUAAUACCACAAAAAGUUGUAAGCGUCAACUAUGGUAUUGCAAAAUUUUGUUUCAAUCGCAAAAUUAGAUAUGACUAAAUUUUGUUUACAACAGACACAUUUGGUAUUGCAUUUACAAUUUGUUUUAAUUUUUAAAAUUUGGUAUAAUGCCCCAAAAUAUUGUGUAGUGCCCCUAAAAUUUGCUAUGGUUACAAAAUGUUAUUCAGCACUACCAAAAGUUAUUAAUGCCAGAUUCCCAGUAUUUGGUGCAGUCCCAUUUGUGUUUGGGGAUAAUACCACAACUAGAUGCUAGAGAGGAUUCUCUGGAAUUUAAAAAUCUUUCGGGUCUUGCAACAAAAUCAGUGAGCUUUGAAAUAAAUUUUAGAAAAGUAGUUCUGAUGUUGAAAACGAACAGUUAAGCUUCAUGUUUCGGUUGUUUUGGGGCCUGAAUCUCGGCUCAGUUCGAUCUUGGCUCGGGCCGACUGAAUAUCUCCGUCUUAACACAUGAAUACUGUACAGAAAAUUGUUAUCAAGCCAUUUUCUGACGCAUCAGUCUGUUAUCAGAUCAACUUAUUUACAAUUAUUUAGUCAUUUUCCAUGUUUCUAUCGAACAUUUGAAUUGAAGGGCAAAAGAAACUCCACAUUUCUCACUUCCUUGAUGACUGUAGAGAAUGUCUACUGAACAGAUGAGAGUGGUCGACCUCAUUCAACCCAAAAUUUUACACUCCAUUCAGGAUGUACAGGGUGUCGUCAAAAUACGAGCGGAGAGUUGAGUGGCUUUUCUUUUUGGGUCUCCACAGAGGAGAUAGUGAUGAUGGUCCAAUACGAGAUUACAUCUGAUUUUAUAACAUUUACUGUCAACAAUCCUCUUCCAAUCAAAAUCACUUCAGUGGUCUGUUUCAGUUUACAGUGCUGUCAAUGGGAGGAAACAGUGCCAGUAAAAUUACCAAUUUACAUCAAAAAAAACUUUCCUCACAUCUUCUCAAGAUAAACUUUUAGCCAAUUAAAGCUUUCUUAAUAGAUUUUUUUGUGCAUUGUGCAAAUGUUAACGGGGUGGGAAUCACCAGAGGAUCCACGAUAUGAUAUUAUCAUGAUACAGUCACGAUACAAUAUUAUUGCGAUUUUAAAUAUGUUGUGGUAUGCUGGUUAUUGCGAUAAAAUAUAUUGCCAUAUAUUACCUUUUUCCAUCUGUAAAUUAUGUCCCCAAAGGAAAACUUUGUCAACAUUGUUUUCAUUUAAUAAGAUAAAAUUUUAAGUCUGUUUACGUCACUUCAGCCAUUUUUUUGUAUUUGCGGGAAAAAUGUAUCUGGUGGACUGAAAAAGCAAUUUAUUAUAUUAUUCUAUUAGGCUACCUAAAGUUUAAUUUGUAUUUGUGAUAUUUAUAAUUUAUUUAAUUAAAAAAAAAAAAAAAAUCGAUAUUUGGCACUGUGUGAUGAUACGAUAUUUCCACACAAAAAUAUUGCAAUAUUAUGAUGUAUCGAUUGUUAUACAUAUCAUUACAGAUUGUUACAAAAAGUUUUUGUGUAGUUUAAAUAUUUUUAUAAGCUAAAAUUUGUUUAAUCUUGUUUAACGACCUCACAUGAAAUUUGGCUGAAUGGGAAAAAAAAUCAAAGUAUAAAAAUUAGCAACAUAAAGAUUUCAAUUAAUAACUAAACUAAGAAUUGACUAAUCAAACCAAAUAAUUAAAGAAAAAGUUUACAAUGAGUGUUGUUCCCCCAAAAAACAUAUGGUCACAAAUUUUGUUAUAACCUUCUAAAGUUGUUCUAAUUUAAAAAGCGCCUCAAAUACUAAAAUUUAAGAAAAGAAAAGCCACUUCUAACUGCUGUUUGUGUUAUUUUGACCACACCUUGUAUCCAAUUUGUAAAAAAAUAAAUAAAUAAAAAUAAAAAAAAUGGAAGAGAUCAAUGAAUGUGUGUAAAAAGGCCGUUGGACACUUCAGUGUUGACUUGUAAAAUGAUUCGUCAUUGUGGCCUUGUGGUUCAAACACCUGAAGUCUUUACCUGUUCGUUGGUUCGGUUGCCACUCGAUCUGAUAUAGGUUACAUUUCACUAUUAGAUAUCAAAUGUACUGUACAUACUACUACUGCUUAACUAUUCUGUUUCUACUCGUCAUUACAAAGUAAUUCUUGUGGAAAUGUUGCUUUAGAGGUUUGUUUUUUAAAAGUUGUUGUAUAUGUGAAUCAUCAUUACCUGAGCCAGAAGUUCUCCCAUCACUACGACGGUUCGGCUGUUGGACGUUUGGAGACUCGGCUGUUGGGGAAACGUCGACGUGGAGAACUUGUCAGUCGGAGAAACGCACUUUGGAACAGCUGUUAAAAAGAUUUAGAAGAUUAAAAACUGACGUUAAAACCUGGAGACAAUGUCUGAAAGCUCAGCACUGUACACUCUUCUACAAUUCUUUCUCUUGCUUAGUGUGUGUCCAGUCAAACUUGUACGUCAUUGGUGCCAUUCUUGUGCAUUGUGUCACUUAAAAUUUGAGGGACGAUCUAGAACUCGGAUCGUCGUCACAGAGUUUUAAUGUGUGUGUGCGUGUUGGAACAAAAUAAAAUGUUGCAGUUA